GUAAUUUUUUUUGUUUGGUAACAAUUAUUUAUUAUGCUUAUACGAUUAAUAUAUUUUUUUGUACUAAUAUGUCUUGCUAUCAGUACUAGUCAUCAUAAAACAAAAACAGACAAUGAAGAUGCUGAAUUUAAAAAAAUUAUUAUAUCUGAAGGAUGGAGAUCUAUAACUAGUAUUCACAUCAAGUUGCCAAAUCAAACUAUCGUGCCAGUCAAUGAACAAGUUACAUAUUAUCCUUUAAGCAUUGAUAAAUAUCUUGCUUCAUUAAUAUUAAGUAAAUAUUACGAAAAUAUGCUAAUUUAUAUCCAUGCUAUUUAUAGAACGACGUCAAAUAGUUAUAAAAAACUCCCAGAUAAUGAAAAAAAAGUGGUUAAAUUUAAUAAAUUAAUCGAUACUCUUAUUAAGUUUGAACCAUUAAUGAGUUGUAUGACUCAAGCACUAGAAUAUUUUACAUUUAAAAAUGAGAUGUGGGAUAAUCAGAAUUUUGUACUUAAUAUUCUCAAAAAAGUAUUGUCAUUUACAGAAAAAAUAACUAAUAUUGAAAUUGAAAAAGAAUACAUAAACGAUCUCAAAAAAAAAUAUGAAUUUAUAAAUAACUCAUUCCAUGAAUUUUAUGAGAUUGUUGAUACACCCGUAAGAUACGAAACCGAUGCUAUUAUUGGAUAUGUAAAUGAUAAAAUCUUAAGCGAAUAUGUUAAUGGAUUAAAAAAAAAAGAUGAUGAAAUAGGUUUUAUGUCUUUUGAUUCGUAUCACUCAGAAUUUCAAGCAAAAGUUAAAGAAGGUGUUACCAUGUUUUGCGUAAAUUUUGGAUUUAAAGAAUAGCAGUUUUCUUCAUCUUGAUACAGCAACAGAUAAUGAAGUUGCUGAAUUUAAAAAAAUUAUUUCAUCUGAAGGAUGCAAAUCUAUAAUUACUAUGAACUUUUUAUUGUUAAACGGUCAAAAAAUACCAGUCAAUACAAAAUUUAAAAAUAAACUUUUAAACAUUAUUAAGCAUCAUGCUUCAUUGAUAAUAAAUAAAGUUUACGAAAAUAUGCUAAUUCAUUUACAUUGUUCUUAUAAAAUGAUGUCAAGUGAAUAUAAAAAACUCUCAGAUGACGAGAAUAAAGUAACCAAAUUUGAACAAAUAAUCAAUACUGUAAUUAAGUUUAAAACAUCAAUAAGUUGUACUGAUAAUGCACUAGAAUAUUUUAAAUGUAAAUAUCCGAAUACUGUACACAAAGCUCUCGAAAUUUUAUUAGAAUUUACUGAAGAACUGGCUUUAAAUGUCGAAGAAAAUAUACACAAAAAGGAAAGUAAAAUAUAUUAUGAAUUUAUAAAUAGCAUAUUUGAUAAGAUUGUGAAAUUGUUAAAACAUCCAUAGAAUUCAAAACUGAUGGUAUUACUAGAUAUGAAGUUAUCCUAAGCAAUUAUUUUGAUGGCUUAAAAGAAUAUGAAAAUGUAUGUAAUAUGAAAUUUUUUUUUUAAUCUGUAUCGUCCAGACUUUCAAAAAAAAGUUAUGCGUAAGUUUGGUUUUAAAAAAUAGGUGAAAAAAUACAUAACAUCUAGUUUUCUUUAUAGUUUUUUCCUUGCAUUAUGAUCUGAAAAAAAAACAAUUAUUUAAAAUGUAAUGUUAUACAUAUAUUUUAAAAUCUAAUAUCUAAUGUACUUUUAAUCUAAAUUAUUACUUAGAUUCAAUUUUUAGAAGAAAGACUAGAAGUGCUUCC